CCCUCGCCGGCCCCGGGGCUCGAACCCAGGACCUUCUUGCUGUGAGGCGACAGCGCUAACCACUACACCACCGUGCCGCCAACUCCCUGACUUGUUUUCCUGCAUUCUUCCCGGUGGCUCGGAGGGUUAGAGCUAUGAAUUAUGGCUUGAAAGGUGCCAAUACCUAUUAAAAGAGUCAAAAUGGUGUACGUCAUUGUUUCUUAUUGUAUCUGAAAAAUAUGAAUAUAAAAGGAAUAUGAAGCAUCGCAGCUCCUUGGUUUCCAGAUUGAGCCUGAGCUUGGGAUCCUGUCUGCGUGGAGUUUCAUUUCCUGGUGGGUUUCCUCAGGGUUCUCUGGUUUCAUUCCACUGUCCAAACCCAUGCUGGUUAUGAUGAACUGGUUGAGAGGUGUGAACGUGUGCACUUGGUAGCCUGUGAUGGCCUGUGAACAUCCAGUAUUCCUGGGAUAAGAUCCCAAUCCACAGCAACCCUGACCAGGAGGCCAUGUGAAAGCACCAACCAAUUCAAUUUCCGAUUAAUCAGGUCCAAUUAAAGGCUUCCAUUAAUGAUUACUGUUUUCUGUAUGUGAAAUAUAUCAUAAAGGUGUCUGUAUUUUAAAGGAAAAGAGAGCAGUUACUAUUUGCAUUCAAGAAUACUUUUGGGAAUUUGAAAUAGCAUCUUGGUUUGAAAUGAUUAGGGGUUUUUUUUUUUUUUCCUCCUCUUGACCAACAUGGUUGCUCGGUACUUAAGUUUGCAUCUUAAUCAGUCCUAAUGAGCAUCAGUGUCACCUGUGUAGGAGUGGUUAUAUUGUUUAGCUGGAGAGGCUCUACUAAGCAUCACAUCUGUUACUGAGUUUGGGCUCUUGAGCUUGAUUUGGGUUUUUCCUUUUAGAGUUCAUGGUGGUUUCCAUUAACUCUGGCUACACAAGGAAACUUGGAGACCUGUUUCUGAUCUUCAGCAGGUCAUGAGAAGAUCUGUGUAGGCCUGUAUUUGUUUUCCUCAGCAUAACGUGUCUUUAGACUUCAAUACAUUGCAGCAUUGACUGAAAAAAGGCUUUCCUUUCAUAAUUAUGAUGGCACUAUUCUUUGAAUUUUGUGCCUUCUGGCUUUUGGCAACUACUGUUGCAGAAAAGGCUUUGAGUCAACGACCUGACUUGACUUUGGAGUGUGUUGGAAAUGUUCUAAAGAUUAGCUUGAGUAGCUCUCUGUCUAUUGGACAUCAGAUUGAAGUGGAAGCCAUCAAUGGUUCACAAAUUGUGACUUUAACGCCGGCCCUGGCGGCUCAAUGUGGCUACAGUAUCGAGUCUGAUCCCUGGGGAAAUGCGAGAAUCUACACAUCACUGCUAAGCUGCUUUACUCGUAACCAUGGUGAUGCUGUGUUUGAUAUCAGCCUGCGUCUUAAUGCCACCCAAAUGUCUGGUGUACAUGAGGUGAAGAAGACUUGUGAAUACAAUCGAUGGGCUUCACGUGAGGUUCUCUGUGCACGAAACUUCAUGGAGGUCUCUGUUUACAGAGGACACAAUGUCAAUCUGCCUGAGCAGAUAAAACAAGCAGUUACAGGAACUUCUGGAUUCUCCACUGAUCAACAGUUGUCCUCUCUGUACUCUUCCAUUACACUUGGUGACAUUUGGAGGAUGGUCUUUUACACACCCAAAGAAAAGCCAAUGAUGCUGGAGGAGUUUCAGAACACAGGUUAUGGUGUGUCGUUAACUCCCACACGAUUGGUCCUGCGAAGCCCCUAUAAUGCACCUGAAGUCUAUACUGAGGAUGUGAAUGGGGUGCAAAUGAAGGUCUUUAAAGUGAGCACCUACUUCAGGCAGGCAUGGUCUGUAAUGAUUAUUGACAGUGCUGCUGUCUGUCCAACUGGUGGACUCCAUUUUACCAAGGACCUCAUCACAUGGUACAUGCCCAAAUACAUCACACCUCUGACAGCUCCUCAGCAUCAGAUCCUUGAGCUGUACAUGGGGGUUAAUGGAAAGAGGCUCAAUCAAACAGAGAUGGAAGCUAGGGGUUAUACCAUGGUGAUAGCAGAGCUCCAAACUAUCAUUUACUUGCCUGUUGGUGGACCAGAUGGCUAUUAUAAGAGUAAGGUGUUGAAUUGGGAGUACUACACUGUGUACAACAUUGAACCAAUGCUGGAAAUGCUGUGGGUAGAAGGGAAGUCUGAAAUCACCAGAUACAAAGUCCAUUAUCUGAUAACCACUCCACCACAGCCUCAGCUACCCUACGUCACAGACAAUACUGAUGCAGACUUGAAACUGUUUAAUAUAACUGUGGGGUCCUUCCUCCCUGAUGUGGUGCUGGUUAACUUCACCUUGUCAACUGGGGUGAUCUCUGUGGAAGAGGCCAGUGGAAGAGGACUUAAUGUGCAGGAACACUUGUUUACUAAUGGCUCCAAGACUUUCAGCAUCACGGUUCCUUUCUCUGAUCCUGCCGUCAUGAAAACUAAUGUUGGCCCAAUGAACAUGGUCUACAGUCUCUCCCUCACCUUUGGUUUGUUAGUCCUUCCUGAAUACGCUCCUUUUUCUCUCCCAGCUUUAGUGCAAGCUAGUCACAAGGACUUCUCAAUGCUUACUAUGGAUGGAGUUUGCAAUGAUGAGCACUUCUACAUCACAAUUGAACACAGGAACCAAGGCAUACCCUUUCAUGUAAAGGUUGGCAAGCGUACCCUCACAGCUGACCUCUAUGCAGCAUAUGGUGUUAAAGAAAACGCCACUCAUAUGACCAUGGCUGUGCCUUUCCUGGCCCAAGAUGUUGUGUUUGAGAAGGCCAAUCAUUCAUCACUGAGGGCUCAUGUUGAUGUAGUAAUCUCGUACAGCAAAUGGCAAUUUCAAGACUUCUCCUUGGCUUGCACCUUUCCCUUCAUCAUGACUGAGUGUUUCCCAAAUGGAUCCAUAACUGCACUUGCUGUCAAGGUGGAAGCAGCAAACGGGACAAUCCUAAGCCAGUUGACUCUGAGGGAUCCUGCAUGUAAACCCACUUUCAGCAAUGACCGCUUUGCUUACUUCUGCUUUAACGCAAGCAGCUGUCAAACCACCAGAACAUUCCACAAUGGCAUCAUGACUUAUUGGAAUGAAAUCUCAACAGGCAACAGGAUGGGUUUUCAACAGCCACUGCAAAAUACUUCAGAUUAUCGUGUGACCGUGGCCUGCAACUACAAUCUGACCCAAAUGCUGGCUCUGACAUUCUCCAGUGUGCCACAUGAAGAAAAAUAUCGUGCAGCUCCUGGAUUUGGAGAACUGGCUAUCAGGAUGAGGCUUGCUAGAAAUGCUUCUUAUGAUUCCUUCUACAUGGCUGAGGACUAUCCAGUGGUACAGUAUCUGAAGAAGCCUCUCUACUUUGAGGUAGAGUUGAUGCAGUCCCUUGACCCACGUGUGGAGCUGGUUCUGGAGAACUGCUGGGCUUCAGCCAAUCAUGGAGGUGUUGCAUUGAGCUGGGAUCUCCUUGUGAAUGGCUGUACAAAUCCAGCUGAGCGCUACCAAGUCAUGUUCUAUCCUGUUGUGUCUGAGGACCAUGCUCGUUACCCAUCCCAUGUGAGGCGCUUCAAAAUCGAGAUGUUUACUUUUGUCAAAGACCACAUGCCUCUUCAUGAUCAGAUCCUUAUCCAUUGUGAAGCUGUACUGUGUGAUGUCCAGCAGACUGAUGGUGUCUGUAAUGCAGAGUGUCCGUUGUCAAAGGCUGAAAACACUAAAAGAGACUACAGCAUGUACAACAGAGCAGCUUUGGUGAAGAACAGCAGGCCUGUGAUGGACAGCGUGGCUCUUCUAACACAUCGCAGGAAAAGAACCAACUUCACACAGCAGCAGAUCGAGGUGCUGGAGAAAGUCUAUUCGGACACCAAGUACCCGGAUAUUUACCUGCGAGAGAGACUGGAGGUGCUGACCGGCUUACCUGAAUCUAGGAUCCAGGUAUGGUUUCAGAACCGACGUGCCAAAUCACGGCGUCAGGUCGGUGCUGCGGUUCCUGUGAAGACCAAAGCAAGUGUUCCCAUCAUCCCAAACAGAGCACCGGCUUCUUAUCUCCUUCAAAACGAGCAGCUGGGGCAGGAGAUGAAGGGCAGCUUUACUCAACCAGGCCAGGAGCUGAGAGGAGGAGGAGGAGUCUUCCUUCAACCUCACCAAGGCUAUGAUUCCCACUCCAUGUCCUGCUUGUUCAGUCAGGCUGGAGAUACCCGGAUCAGCGUGGAUCAGGUGAAGAGAGACGACCCGAGUGACCUCCAGCAGUACCACAGAGCAAACAGACAGGUUUCAGCUCAGAGUAAGCCUGAGUCUGCAGUGAAGCCCAUGUUAAUGAAGUAUGACAAUUAUCCUCCUAACAAAACCAUCGGCCCGGAUAUGAGAGUGGUCAUCCCUCCAGUCCCGACGCAGUUUGCCUGUCCUCCGCAGCACGCGCAAGUUGGAGUGCCGCCCGACAACCUGGGUCACUUUUCACCAAUCGGCAGCAGCGACACAGGAGAUUUUUCCGAUUCCGACUGGGAGAAAGAAGCCCUGGCUGGACUUUUAUACAAUUAAUACGUUUCCCUUUCAACCAAUGGAAAAAAAAAGCGAGAGAGAUUUUUCAAUCAAUUAUUUAUUUUAUAAAUAGUUGCACUAUGUUAC